AUGGUCCGGCCUGGGCUCGAAGGCGGCCACGAGAUCAUCGAACUUUCUUCAGAAGCUUCUUCAGAAAAUGAGGAUGAAAGAGGCCCGGAUGUAGCUGUUGAGCGCUGCGAUGCCGAAUUGGCGCGGGAUGCUGGAGGAGACUUACAGGUUUUCGAUAACAUGUCCGAAAACAUUUACCAGCCCGAACUAUUUGGAGAGAACGAUGACGAACUGAUUGAUCUCACGGCAAUACCAGAUGUCGAUGUUCCAUCAUCAGAUCACUGUGUCACGGAUGACCGGAAACCCCGGCCAAAUGCUCAGGCCACGGGCCCAAAAGACAUUGGACAACUCGUUACCGAAUCCGACUGCUUGCAGAUGGUACUCAACGUGUUUCCAGACAUCUCCAUCGACCAUGCGCUUAAAGUCAUCAAUGAGAAAACAAGAGAUGCGACACGUACUGUAGACCGAUGUGAACUUCUGAUUGCUGGACUCCUUGACGGUGAAGAGUAUCCCAAAGAGGCGGAUGAAUCGAAGAACAGAAAACGAAAACGCGAUGAUGAUGAUGAUGAUGGAAACUUGAGCGACUACGAGAGAGGAGAGAGGGAUGAGAAUAUCACGGAUUAUGAACAAGAUGCAUUAAACCUGCUAAAGGACGAAUUCCUUAACGUGCCAAUUAGACAUCUUUCUUACAUGCUGAAGAAAGAGAAGACGCUUUUCAAGGCUUUCGGUGUGCUGGAGGAACAGUUGCAGACCUAUAAGCAGAUCGCAACACCAUUCGCCAAAAUCGCCAAACCACGCGUCAAGCACGGCACAGAGCUCAUACUAAUCGAGCGGGGAAGUAAAAUCCCCAAAGAACUUCACGCUGCAAAGAGGAGAAAGGAGAUCACAGCUGCUAAACGUCAGCAAGCCAUGGAGACAGAUCAAGCUGAGGAAAUGAAUUUACGACAAGCGCAGAUCGCCAACCAGAUGGGCGAGUGUGCGUGUUGUUUCGAUGACUUGCCUCUCAAUCGCAUGAUCAGCUGCAACGGGCGUACCGCACACUUUUACUGCAUGGACUGCCCUCGGCAGCAAAUUGAAACUUUGAUGGGUCAGUCUCGCUGCCGGCCAACUUGCUUCGGUGUCACCGACUGCAACGGAACUUUCUCUCGCACACAGCUUCAGCAAGUCCUCAGUGAGAAGACUUUCGAGCGCCUCGAGCACAUGCAACAGAUGGAGGACCUGAAAGCGGCUGGUCUUGACUUUCUCUCCGAAUGCCCAUUCUGCGAUUUCAAGAUGGAAUGCCCUCCAGUUAACAUAGACAAGGAGUUCAGAUGCGAAGGUAACAAGUGUGGAAAGACAAGCUGCCGACUUUGUAACAUGGAAACACACAUUCCACUAUCGUGCGAAGAAGCCAAGAAAGAAGGAAAGCUCACCUUCCGACAUAUCAUUGAGGAGGCGAUGUCCUCUGCACUUAUCCGGCAUUGUAACCAGUGCAGACAGCCAUUCGUCAAGGAAAUGGGGUGUAAUAAAAUGACAUGUUCGCACUGCAGAAAUGUGCAAUGCUACGUCUGCUCCAAGAACGUAACAGGUUACGACCACUUCGGCGAAUUUGAGCAUGGUAAAUGCCCCCUACAUGAAAAUAUUGAAGACCGCCACGAGGAAGAGGUCAAGAAAGCGGCAGAUGAGGCCAUGACCAAGCUUCGCGCCGAGAAUCCCGAUCUAUCUGAGGCCGACCUGAUGAUCAAAGUAUCAGACCGCGUUAAACAAGUAGAAGACGUCCGCAAAGGCCGAGCAGCAGCAGAAGCUGGUGCGUUUCCAUUCCACAUGGUUGGUGAACAGCUUCAUAACCGUGCCCUUCCCCGUCCCCAUCCUCCAGUUCCAGGUCCGGCACCGCUGGUAGGAGUAGCCGGAAUCCAGGUACAAGGAUGGGAUGUUGACUUCCACGGACCGCCUGCUCGAGAGCAGGCUCCCAGACCAGCGCCCCUCUUUCGUCCUCCAGCUCACAUUUUAAUUACGCUCCGCCUGCCGGUUUCCACGCCAUGCAGCAGCAGCCAUAUCAGUAUUACCCACCUCGUCAAGCAUUCCAUCAAGUUUUACCGCUAUGUCCGCGCUGCUACCGGAAUCACGCACCUAAUCAGAAUUGCUAGGAUUGCCGGACCGUUGCGGGUCAUGAGGUGGGCCCUCCCAGGCUAUGCUCGUAGAGCGCGUAAUCUUGGGCAGGAUGGCGUGGUGGCUGAGCGUGUUGAAGCUGCUCCUGUUCCCAACCCAAACGCACUUGGUCUCCGUCCUCCCAUACCUCAUCAAGCACAACCGCAAGAUAGGCGGAGAGAUGAAUUUGUGAACCAUAUCGAAGAAGUAGCAGAAUUCUUGGAGGUCCAUCAGCAUGCACAAGCUGAUAGGGAGUUCCAUGCGAGAGAGGUUGCAGUGGGCCCACGAACUUUUGCGCAGAGGCUCUUGCGUCGGCUUGAAAUUCCACGAGUCAUUGAAGGGCAGGUCUCAGGGCAGGAUGUGCAAGAACACUUGCAGAGGGGCGCUUGA